UCAAUCAAAAAAGGUUUCAAGCUUGGCGUCGCUUCCGAAUUUCUUUAAAAUAUCGCUGAAAAUGGAUUUCGUCACGGCCCUUUCGACCGUGGGUGGUACGCAUUCUGUAGCCAAGGGAUUCGCCUAUGCUUUCCUGAAAGCCGUGAACUCUGAUCCGGACAAUUGGAUCAACAAGGUGUCUCAUCAGUUUGUGGGCCAAUGCUUCCGGGCACUCGGCCUCAAUUUCACCAUCAGCGUGCAGGCCUUUAGUCAAACGCAGGAUCACCGGUAUCGGGAUGAUAAUCCCAACUAUAUCUUUGAUCCGGUGCCCCAUGUGAUGGAGGAACUGGAUAAGUUUCUUGGCUUGGUGCCCUACAUGUUGGGACAAGUUGGCGAGCAUUUCGCCUCAAAGGGCUUCAUAGGCACCGGUUCUGACGAGCCAACGCAGCCGUUAUCCUGCUAUCUGCGCCUCGUGACGAAGUGGAUCAAGGUGGUCAACGCCAUGUGCGUCAACAUGCAGCUCAGCGGCAGCACCGCCGUGGAUCGUUUUCUUUGCGAACCGCUGGCCAGAAUGUCAUUCAGCAUACUGGGCGGACUGACCAAAUUGCUGCCCAAAUAUGAAGACUUUCCGGGCCUCAAGGAGAUUUGCUUGUUGCUCGCCGAAGACGUUCGCUAUGGCAUAUUCUACCAGGAUACCUGCAGUGAGGUGGUUCCCCCCAUGUUGAAGAUUUUCCAGGAGCACUUCAAAAUUUUCUGCAGCCCCGAAAAGACUGCCUUGGACUUUGUCUACUGUAUCCUGACCGUUGUGAUGACCGAGGAUGAGAGCUAUAUCGAUGCAUACGUCUUUUUGGAGGAAAUGAUUAGGCAGUUCGCGGAGAGCACGGAUCCAAAUCCAAGUCAUCUGCGGUAUCUUACCAAUGAGCUGAUUGACGAGAAAUAUGUGGUGCUGCAAUUUGGAACCUUCAAGGAGAGCAAUUCCAAACCCUUGCUGUUGGCCACCCUGAAGUAUUUGAUGACUCUUCAAAGCAAUCUGGCCAGCGUAGAGUGUUUUACACAGCGUUUCCACGAAGUGCUGCUUCAACUAGUCCUGCGAAUGCAAGUGUCUUCAGUAGCGGUUGCUUCACUAGCAGCCGAGUUGUACAUCAAACUAUCUCAGCGCCAGCACGAAGAUCGCGUGAUAGCGCAGCACAUUCUGGAGACCUACAUCAAGAACCCCGAUAAUCCCCGGAAAAAAAAGACCUAUUCGCAGUUUCGAACUGAACUCGCGCGCUACCUAAAGACACUUAUACAACAUUUUCCAGGGCUGAAGGAGUUCGAGUUUUACGCAUUGGUGCUUACUGCUCGGAAUGUUCGGAUCGAAAUGAGUCUUAUUGCUGCCCAAUCCGUGAGUAUUCUCUUUGAAACUCAUAUGGCGGAGUACUCCUCGGUUCCGGAGGCGCGGGAGCAGGUCAACGAGUUCCUACGCUGCUGGCCCUACUUCAUUAAAGCGCAGUCUCCUCAAAAUGGCACUCGUCCGGUGCUAUACAACAUUUAUAGUAUGAUCAAUUUUGAGAGCGUUGCGGAGCGAGAUGCUGAGCUGCUGCUGAACUUAGAGUCUUUCUUCCUGGAUAACUAUCUAAACGACGACACCCUCAGUGAGUCUGAGGUCUAUGGCCUCUACACAAAUAUCUCUCGCUCUGUGGAUGCCACAGGGAACAUUCAGAUACACUCGACUGCAGCGAGGGCUUUACGAGAUGAGCAAGCUAAGCUGCAGGGCCGUUUGAUCACCACGUCGGAGGAGGGUCCUGAAAGGCAGGAGCUGUUAGACGCAUAUGCCAAAAGUAUUCGUCGACUACACGGACUCCUAAUGGCCAACAAGCUACAUGUUCGUUAUGUUGGUGACAUUUACGAGACUCUGGCGAAAUUUGUGCUGGAAGCGCCUACACAAAAUGACAAUAUAACUCUUUACGGCUCCGAAAGCUUGGCUGCCAUGCUAGUUCUGUUGCACGACAAUCUUAAGGAUUCGGACGACGAGAUGAGGCUCAAGAUUUCCCUUUUGGUGCAGCAGCUUCAAGACUUCUGCGUUUCUGAACUGUCAAACGCCGAUGUGGGCUUGAAGCGAGCGAAGUUUAUGGUUUGUUCUAUUCUCAUAUUGCAUAUCAGCCUGCUGCCAUACUCGAACCUAGACUGUGCUGCCUAUGACAAGAUUUUGGAAAUUUUAACCUUGCCACCCCGAGAAUGUGGGCCUGAAAGCGUUAAGCUUGCGGAUACUUAUGUCACCGGUAUGUACUACGUAUUCCGUGAACUGAUCAAGACGAAGCAGGUACUGUUCCCCAGCAAUAAGAUAUGGAAGGUGUUAUUGCAGUACAAAAUGUCUGCAAACAAGAUGAGGUACCUGAACACCGAGAUAGAGCAUGUUAUUGGAGACCUGAUGGAGAGUCGUAUUGAAAGCUACGUGCAUUGCUUUCCGAUAAUUCAGUUGCACCUCUACAACGAAGCCAAUGCUCAGGGGAAGGCUUUAGUGGCUCUAACUGCACACCUUAAGCUCCUCGAUAAGAACUGCUCAGCUUUGGACUCCUGGUUGCUGCGACUAAUAAUCUUUCAAGAUUCGCUUAACCUUCUAGUCAAAAAUAUGCGCAUUGGACGACAGGAGGCGACCAGUAGUCGUCGCCGCAACCGUCUCCUGCCGUUGCAGCAUAUAUUGAUUAUGGUGGAUAAUUUGAGACUGCAGGAAGCACACUUCAUGAGCAUUGCUAAGAUGGUGUAUACCUUGAAGAAGGAGGCCAUCGGUCCCCAGGAGAAAUCGGAGAUCGAAAGCUUCAUCACCCGCAUUAGCGCCCUUAAAUAUAGGGCCGAGGAUGAACAAUUGGAAGUAGCCAAUAACGAGAAUUUCGAGGGAAAACUGAGCCCAUUGCCGCCUGGUCCUCUGAACAUUUGGCAACACAAUUCACUAAAUGUGUCAAAUAAGCCAUCUAACUCAACCAUUAAUAUUACAUCAUCAUAAAUUUCCUUUUUACAUA